AUGAAGGACAAACAUACACGUAGGGCUACAGUUUCAAGCUUCGUCUACAAACUGUCCGUUGGUAAACAACCAAUGGAAAAAAUGUCACUCCGAUGGGAGCACAAAGAUAUGGGCAGAAGGUCCUACAAGGAUGCAGCUGAUGAAGAUGUGUCGAGCUUGCUCCAGAAUGAAACUCAAGUUGAAAUCUUGAAGGAGGUGAUCGAGAUCCACAGGCCAGCGGGAUUCCAUAUCCGCAAUUGGAUGUCCAGCGAUAAGAGCGUGAUGAAUAAACUGGGCGUAGAGUUCGUGAAGCCUUCGAAAGCCAUGCUACCGAAGAAGUUUGGUUUCGAACGGGUGUUAGGAGCGAAGUGGAAACAACGAGAAUACAGUCAAGCCAACGACGAGGCCGUAUUCAACGAGGUCCGACAGAAAUUCCGGUUGCCACAUCUACGAGUAGAGACACGUCUAGCAAGGAAACGCUGUAUGUGGUGUCGAUUGUACAAAUCAACGUCGGUCACUCCCAAAAUGGGACCGCAUUUAGCCGUAAGGAUGGAGACGGACGUGCGUCCAUUUACCUACGUAGGUGUAGACACCUUUGGGCCUUAUCAAGUGAAGAUAGGAGGAAGCGUGGCUAAGCGGUGGGUCUGCCAUUUUACUUACCUUGCCGUUAGAGCAGUUCACUUGGAGGUAGUAGCUAGCUUGAGCGAUGCGUACAAGAAGGCGAUUCGAAGGUUCAUCGCACGACGCGGGACUCCACAGGAAAUCAAUUCCGACAAUGGGGGACAAACUUUGCCGUGGAAGUUUAAUCCUCCAGCCGUUCCUCAUAUGGGAGAUUGUUGGGAGCGAAUGGUGCGGGAAGUGAAAUCAUCUCUUGGAUUAGUUCCAAUUGUGAGGAAGCUAGACGACGAAUCGUUUGUAACGGUGCUGGCGGAAGCAGAGAUCAUG